GUCACAGAGGUUUCAGAAAUGUUCUAGAGCUUGGAUGGCAAUAGCUACUAGAGGAGGUUAUUGAGGCGAGCCUUCUAGGUCAUACUUUUCUUCACAUGGUGAAGAAAUGCAAUGGAGGCUUUAGAGGAGGUGCUUUCAUGCCCAGUGUGCUUGGAGCUGUUCACCCCACCAGUACUGGUCCUGGUCUGCGCUCAUAAUUUCUGCAAGCAAUGCCUGGAAAAGAUACUCACUAUCCAGAACUGUACUCAUGUCAAUGGACACUUCUGCUGUCCUAUAUGCAGGAAAGUCAUAUAUUUAAGGGGUAGAGGAAUACCGGGAUUACAAAGAAACAUUCUGGUUGAAGGCAUACUUGAAAAAUUUAAGGAUGUACUUGAAAACAUUCGUGCCCAGGAGCAAAAACAGCUGUCCCAAGUAUGUGAAAAACAUGAGGAAUAUAUGAAUGUGACAUGUGUGACUGAUGAUGAACCAAUAGGUGCAAUCUGCAAACUCUUUGGAACCCAGGAGCACCGCAGCGUUGCACAAGUGCUUCAGAAAUCUGAAGACAGGCCACAAACUAGGAAGGAAGCAGAAAAGCUUAUCAAUGGACUCACAUCCAGUACUAUUGACAUCCAGGUGAUGAUAGAUACAGUUGGGACCAGUUUGCUGAAUGGAAUAAGCUGCAGAAUUGCAGCAUUAAAAGCAAAAUUACAGGAAGACUACUAUACAAAAUUAGAGAAACUGCAACCAGCAUCAAGUGGAACUGAACCCCCCAUGCAGCUUUAUCAACAAAUGAAAGCUUUCCUGGAACAGCAUUCAAAUUCAGUACAAUUUCUUCAGGAGGAUAAAAAAUUCAAGAAAAAAACAGAACAAAUUAUAGAAGGAAGCUCAUUCUGUCAGGUUCCUACAAAGUAUAAGAUUUCCAUGAAACAAUACUUUGAAGAGUUAAUCAGAGGAAUCAAUAUCAAGGAUUACCUCUCUCCUACAGCAAAUAAAGCCUUUCCCAGUACCUCUGACCUACAGGAAGCAUGCAUGCCCCUAGGUCCUGCUUUUGACUUUUCAGGUGAAAGUCCAGAUCAGACCUUCUGCAGAAGAGUACUGGGUAUAUUUGAGAAAACAAAUGAUAUGGAACAAGAUUGUUCAGAAAAGCAUCCUACCAUGCCUGCAACAACACACCAAACAGUAACCAACCCUCUUGAAAGUUAGUCAAAAUAUAAAGACACUCCCAUAGUUUGUUAUAAUUUACUAUAUUUGCUGCCUAUAUUUCCUACAAAUAAUAAAAUUAAAUAUAGUUCUAAAUGCAAACAUGGCAUCAAACAUGGCACUUGAUACAUACUCAGGAUCAUCUAUGUCACAUUGUUUCAUCAUUCUUUCACAGGCUAUCAUAAGUGUUUGGAAAGCAGAGCUAGGAUAGCAAUAUAUGGAACAGAGCAGAAUCCCAUGUGAAGAGAACCAACCUAAAAAAAUUCAACUAAAGAAACAUCCUAUACUGCAAAUUUGGUUGCAAAGUAUCUCUUACUAUUCACCAGGUAUGUCCAGACAGGCAAUUAAGGAGGAACAAUGAACUUGGGCACUUACUGCACUAGAAUUUGUUUCUCCCAAGCGCACCGUUUGAACAUGUGCCUGGGACCACAGCACAUUGAGCUGGGUCCGAACAGCCCUGGCUGGCAGGAACUAGGCACUAUGAAACUAUGAGGCCCAGCAGGGUCAACCUGCCAGCCUGGGACUGCUCCGACCUGCCUCAACAUGCUGUGGAGGGGCUGGCUGAGGAAUAAGGGUGCUCCAGUGAGGGGAUAGCUAGCAGGCAGCUCCUGCACUGAAGCACCCUCAUGCCCCAGCCAGCUGCAUCAGCGUCUACAUGUGUAAAAUACGUACUACCCUGCUGUGGAGUUUAUUAGUUUACUCUAGCCUAAUAGCCCUGCACAUUGUAGAUGUGAUUUGUUUACUGUGGAGCUAAUUAGCCUAAUCCACAGUAAACGUCUUGUGUAGACAUGCCCACUGUGUAAUUUAUGGCUUGAUUUGUACAAGUGCUGAGCACCUGCAACUCCAGCUGCACUAGGCAGGAACAGCAGGUACAGAGCAUCUCUGAGAAACUGGAAACUUAAAGCCCCAGUGUGAGCCACAGGAAACCAAGGCGAGGCACAGUGAAUUCCACAUAAAGUACCUGUUAAUAUAAGUCAAUGUGCUCUGUAAAGGAAAUGCUGAAAUUUUUUAAACGUUUGUUUCCAGGAAAGAGCCAGAUGGGACUGGUGUAUACAUGGCAUUAAUUGUGUAUUGCUAUCUGGUAGUCCUUUUCCAAUCCUGGAACACACAAGAAGAACCAACAAUAUAUUUGGCAGGGAACAUGUGAUUUUAAUUUUAAUUACAUGGUACAAUGCUCAUUGUACUGAA